CAGAGAAUGGAGCAAAAACAUUUAGACGCAGAGGGGUCGGAGCGAGACUGUCAAAUCUUCAUAUUCUGUCUUUCUCUCUCUAUUUCUCUCCCUCUAAAUUCUCUCAAUUCUAAUUUUUCAAUCCGCAUAUUCGCUUCUAUCGCCGAUCUUUUGUACUCUUCCUCGGGAAUUCCUCGUCUUCCUCUCGCAAUCUCUGUCCCUUCUCUCAGAAUAUAAUGUUUCUUAUUUUCAAGAUUACUAAUGGUGUGUGUUGAGAGAGUAGUACUCUCAUGGCCUCAUCUUCUCUGCAUCAUUGACCAAUUUUUUUUGGUCUUUGAGAUUCUUCAGUGAAACUCUGUGCAUCGGCUGAUGCCUCACGGUGAUCAUGAUUUCUUCAACAGAACUUGUCUCAUCUGCACAAAUGUGGAGAAGAUAUGAUUAAUGGGACUGCUUUCUGAUUUGAGACUGAAAAAAAGGAUUUAAAAAAUUAAUAAUAAUGGAAGGUGAUACAUUUGCAGGUCUGGGUAAUGGAACCCAGAUUGAUGGGAAGAUUUUGCAGACAUUUCAAAAGAGUUUUGUGCAGGUCCAAGAUAUUUUGGAUCAAAAUAGAGUGCUCAUCAAUGAAAUAAAUCAGAACCAUGAGUCCAAGAUCCCUGACAACCUCAGCAGAAAUGUGGGUUUAAUUAGGGAGCUGAACAACAAUAUAAGGAGGGUGGUUGACCUUUAUGCUGAUCUUUCAAAUGACUUCACCAAAUCCAUGGAUGUAUCCUCUGAAGGAGAUUCUAGUAGGGCUCUGAAAUCAGAUGGGAAAACUGGCCACAAGAGAAUUAGGCCUGCUUGAAGACCACCAAAUUGAUCUUCUUAUUAAUUCUUUUGCAUUCUGCCCAAAAUCAUGAAUUUUACAGUUUGUGUUGAGAGGCAGUAGAAGAAACAUGGUUAGAUUCUGUAACUUAUCUUGUCUCUGUCAAUUCUCUGUAGUCCUCCACUCACUCACUCACUCACAACUUCUCAGAGAAAUAAUUCCUCAAAAUUUGUAUCUCAUUGUAACUCCGUAACUGUGGAUCUAAUUGGAAAUCAAGCAUGUUUGGCUCAAA